CGUGUUUUACACUGCGACACGGCAUAUAACAGUCCGGACAACUUGUAAUUUCUAUGGUGCUUGUAGGAUUUGCCUAACUUCCAUAAUAGUGACGCAAUAUGCUGCAUUGGGCGAAAUGUAUAUUGCUUCUUGUUUGGAAAAUAUCGAUGGUUGGUGCACAAUGUCCUCCCGGAUUUAAUUGUUCAGGUAUGACGUCAUGUUACCUUAUUUACCCAGGAAGCAAUGGUUUGGAAUAUAAAGAUCCAAGCGGACGCAUUUGGGCCUUUGACGAUGCACGUUUGGUAUAUCCAUCUCCAAACUGCUUCAAAUAUAUACCAAUGAACGGAGCAAAGCAGUCAUGCACUGAUACUCAGCGUGAAUGCGAAAAACUAGGCGGAAGCAUCACCGUAAUAAACAGUUAUGAGGAAUACCAAGCGUUGACAGGGAUCGUGCACGAUAUUAUGUCUCCGGAAUUUGAUGUAAAAUUUAAGGUUUUGAACCAAGCAGUUGGCAUAAACAUAAUUAAGGGAUGUGCAACAUUUACAAUUGAUAAUUACCUUACAAAACAUUAUAAAGUCCUCGGGCAGAACACCGAUUGCUUUGAAACUUCUCAGAUAGACGCUAUUAUUUGCGAGUCGUCAGAUGUGAAUAUUGCAAAAAUAUGUUCGACGAAAAAGCCAAAUGAGCAAAACAAGACGAAAGUAUCUGUUAAGACGAUAGCGAUAGCUGUCUCGGUCACUCUGUCGAUAAUAAUAAGUUGCUUGUGGGGUUGUAUCCGACAGAAUCAGAGAACAACAAAUCCUGGAAAUGGCACUCAUGUAGUUCAAUAUCAAGUAUCUGCUGAAGGUGUUCAGGGGACUGCGUUAAAUACCACUACUGCUGUUACCCAAAAUCACGACCCAAUAUCAGCCAACGAAGGUGUGUCCCAUGAUGUAACAGAUAAUAUUGGAUACCAUGAUUCCGCAGUUAAAGUCGCCUACGAAGACCCUGCAGCAGCUAAAGCAAGAAGUGGUAUGCCGUGAUACAUCAGCUUGAAGUAGUACCGGUAUACCAGGAUUCAGGCGUUGACAGAAUGAAACAAAUUACACAGAGUGAUCAGAAUUUUUCAGCAGGCAGUUCUUAACCAUUAUGUCAUUAACAUGCAGACCGCCAUCUGAAUGUUAAAAAUUAACAGGACGUUGGCAUCGAUAUACCUAAUAAAAAAUGUCUAUGCAUGCUGCUGAAAGUCCAACAAAGAGGAAGAAACUAUUACUGCACCCUAACCUAUGUUGAAUUCUGCUCCAUGGUUGAAUGAAAAGCCACACGCAACGGAUCGUUUUUAAGCAUGAUCUGUUCAGACUGAGUUCUUAUACGGAAUUGAUUAUCUGUGCAGAGAUGAGUCCUUGUAUUGUUUGCGAAUUUUUGCUCAAAGAUAUAUUAUUAUUAGAUAUCAAAUUCGCCUUUAUGACAGAUUAGUAAUCAAAAUUGAGGAUUAAAAUAGGAAAUGGGGGUGGGGAUAGAAGUACUUUUGAAGGCAAAGUUAAUAGGAAUGAUUUAUUUUGUAACUCAUUAAUCUGUUGAUAGAUUUUACCCUUUUAUACGUAAACUAAUGUUUCAGUAGUUUAGAUGUCAGUCAGGGGCGGAUCCAGCUGGGGGAAGUGGGAGAAGAUGCUCUCUCCCUUCCCCACCUCGUCAGUCCCACACAAAAAUGAUUGAGAAAAAAAUUGAAAAGAGCUAAUAAAGGGAGGAAAGAGGGGAAAAGGCAGUGUACCCAUGAGUUCAGUGGCUGGUCCAGCAAUGGGUGAAAGGCUGAGACCCAAGACGAGUUUUUUUUUAGCCAUUAUUAUGGAAUGUAGUAGCUAGAAAAGCUAUCCAUGCUUACCCUACACAUCGGGUCUUCGCUCUAUAGCACCAUGAGCCAAAAGGGCAUUGCUGAUACACAACGGCAUGUGUCUCUGACAUCGACUUUAGGACAUGAGUCAUAUUUUUCCAGUUGGGGGGGGGGGGGGUGAAGUACCUAGCCGGUCAGCUCCCCCUACAUUUGUCUUUUUUUUUAUCAGAUAAAAUAUUAAAAUUUUAAGUCUGAAUGAGUACCAAUUCCGGGCAUCUAGGGGUGUCAUAAUCAUAAUUUGUUUUGCUACUUCCAGCAUAGAAUCAGUAUAAUAAGUCUUUGAUUAUACCUUUGCGACGCCCGUGAGGGGAUGCGUGCCAAGGGAGGGGUAGCAUAGCUCCCUUCGGGAAGAAGUCAAUAAUUUUGUCAAGGAACACUGCUUUGAGAAAGCAUUAUUACCAUCUCAGAGUGCCAUUUUCGAGCGUCUAGAGUUACUAAUUCGUAAAAUUUGCUCACCUCAGCCCCAACCAUGCUGGGACUGAGGUGUGGGUGGACUACAGUGAUGGAUUUAAGUGGAGCCAGCCGAGCCAGGUCGCCCUCCUCCCCUUAAUUUUGUUCAAAAUUUUAAAAAGAAAUUUAGAAAAAAGGAAACUUUACAAUCAAAUUUAGGUACGAGAUUGCCAUUUCCGGUGUCAUAAUCAUACAUUUUUUUGCCUCAGUCCCUGUCUGUUAAAAUUUAUCCCUGCCCCCUCCUCUAUUUUGAGAUCCUGGAUCCGCCACUAGACUACCUAUUUCCCCCAGAAAAGUUUUGGAUCCGCCUAUGGUCAGAUUGUAUUAACCUUUAUAUGUGCUUCUUGUUUUUGUAUACAUAGAUUUUGUUUUUUAAUUGCUUUAUAUUUUCUGUUCCUUUGUGUGAUGGAUGCACUGUUCGCUUUAAACGUGUGCCACCGAUCUGAAGGUGUAAAUUCAAAUAAAUAAAUAGACCUACGUUGUAUGAGAUCUGUUACUUGUCUAGGCCUAAGUUGGUAUAUUUUACUGUAGACAAAAUGGCUUUAUUUUUAAGAUUUGUUUUUAGCAGGUAGCAAAUUUAAUAAUCGUUAACUUAAAUAGCAUUGUAAGAAAUAUGCAUUUUAUUUUAGAUUACUUAAUAUAUAUUUAUAUUUAGACCACUAAAUUUACACUGACAACUUAAAGAAUGGAUUAAAAUCUGAAAUAGCAGCGGUUACUACACUAACAUGUUAGGAUGUUUAAUUGAGCUGGUAAUGGCCGCGCCAUGGCCAUAAAUAAAUAGCAUACACGCCUGUCAUGAGCAUUA